AGACCAUCACGCCAGAGACUAUCAUAUCAACUAACCAUUAAUAAUUCUUUUAGUGUUAACAAUAACUUGCAAAAUAGAAAUCUUGUUCGUGUUCCUUUGUCCAACCCUGCCUCUCCAAACGCUUCCGCACUCUCGUGGUCACUCACGUCGAAAACCACUAAUGAUACGGCCUCAGCCCAUUUAACAAAAAAGUCAGAUAACAGCCUCAGUACCCUUCCAGGUCUCAAACUGGUUCACCUAAACAUCCGCUCUCUGAAAAACAACGCCCAUUUUUUAGAAUUACGUAAGUUUACCAAAUUUAACAAAAUUGACGUCCUUACAGUAUCAGAGACAUGGUUAAAUACCUCCGUCACAAACAAGGAAAUAGAAAUCGAAGGUUAUAAGCUACAUCGUUUAGACCGACUGUACAAGAAAGGGGGCGGGGUAUGUGCUUACAUACGAAAAGAUAUUAAAUCUCUUGUACUUAAAGACCUCAGUUAUAUCUCCGAGACGAAUUUCCAUCAAUUAUGGAUCAAAUUACAGCACAAAAAAUCUAAAUCACUGUUGGUCCGCGUCUCUUAUCGACUCCCAGACAGCCCGCUUGACUGCUUCGAAAAAUAUUUUAAACCUAAUUAUGUUCAAGCUUUGACGAUGGGAAAGUUGAUCAUUCUUCUUGGAGACCUAAACUGCGAUAUGCUUAAGCCCACACCUGGAUCAGCGUCUUUGAUCAAGACGACAAAAGAACUCAAUCUUAACCAGUUAAUAAAAUCACCAACAAGAAUUACUGAAUCCAGUCAGACCCUCGUCGACGUUAUUUUCGUAUCCUCGCCAAGACUAGUAGUCAACAGCGGCGUCAUAGAAACCUGUAUCAGCGAUCAUUUCCCUGUGUAUGUAUCACUAAAACUUAAAACCGACAAAUCUCCACCAAACUAUAUCACUACCCGCAGCUACAAUAAAUACGACCCUGAUUUGUUCGCGAUCGAUCUGGCAUCCAACCGUGAUCGUCUUGUUUCCAUUUUCAGAAUGGACAAUGUUGAUGAAAAACUAACCAUUUUUAAUGAAAUAUUUUUAAAUACAUUGGAUAAACACGCCCCAGUAAAGACCAUAAAAGUACGCGGAAAAUCUUGCCCAUUUAUCACCCUGGAAAUAAAAGCAUCCAUGAUCAAAAGAGACCAGCUCCACAGUCUUUUCAGGAAAACACGUGAUCAUUAUGAUUGGCUUAAUUUCAGAGAGGCCCGCAAUUUUACAAAAACCGCACUUGUUAAUGCACAGAAAGAAUAUGUACUGAAGGAAGUUCAGCAACACAGAAACAAUACUGGGUCACUUUGGAAGGUAAUUAAAGAAAAUAUAGCGUAUAGGGAAAGAGAGUCAGUGGUCUACAGUAAGGAACCGAAAUUAGUGGCCGAAGAGUUUAAUCAUUUCUUUUCCACCAUCGGUGUGAAUGCAGCAAAGAAAGCCUCAACACUAAUACAAGAUCCUAGUGUUUAUCCAGCUCGGAAUCUUUCUGACGUAAAUCGCACAGAUAACAGCUACCCUGAAGAAAAUGAUAGAUUUAGUUUCACCCCAGUCUCUUGUUCAGAAAUAAGGAACAUCAUAUUAGCUAUGCCGUCAAACAAAUCACCCGGCAAAGACAAAGUGAGUAUGCGUGUCAUCAAACACAGCCUACCGGUAAUUCUUGGGCCCCUCACCGAUAUCAUUAACUGUUCACUGUCGUCAUCUUCGUUCCCUAUAGCAUGGAAAGAGGCACAAGUUAUCCCUUUGUUAAAGGAUGGAAACCACGAGGAAGCAUCAAAUAACCGCCCACUUUCUCUCCUUACCUUUCUUUCGAAAAUUUGUGAAAAAGUCGCCUUGAAUCAAUUCGGUUCGUAUCUAAUGAAGAACAAAAAAUUGUCAACCCACCAGAGCGGGAACAAGAAACAUCACUCAUGCGAAACAUUGAAUCUUUUGACCGGAGAUACUAUCCUAAAGGCCAUGGAUGGGAAAUUGGUUACUGCACUGAUUCUAAUAGAUCUAUCUAAAGCUUUCGACAGUGUAAAUCAUACUUUUCGCCUUACAAAACUUAGCAACGUCGGGGCUUCUCCAAGCGUUGUAAAAUGGUUUGACAGUUACUUGACCGGAAGAACUCAAUCAGUCAGAAUUGGAUCAACUGUGUCUACUCCUCUCCCUGUUUCUUAUGGUGUACCACAGGGUGCAAUUUUAUCACCUUUACUUUUUAGUAUUUAUACUAACGAUUUGCCCUCAUCAGUCCACCAUAGUAAACUUGAAUCGUACGUGGACGACUCCAAGAUAUUACUAUCUUUCACUGUGGCUAACGUGGACUGUUUAAAGCAACAACUAGAGGAAGAUUUGUAUUCGAUUGCAAACAGUUGUUUCCGAAAAUGA